GAGAUUCCAAUAUAUGGGCUAGCGCGGAAUGCGACCUAAUGAUUGUCUCUAUUGUACAACAUUGUUCUAUUCUAACCCGGGCCCAGUGCCCAAAAGCGUUCCGGUUCGCCAGAUUCUGGGUUCUGAAUAUGAAUUUUCAAAGGUUGCUGUGUUCGCUAACAAGGGUUAACCAUUCUUUCGCGUCUAACAUUCAGACUCGCUCAUUCACUACUUCCGCCGCCAGAUUUGCUUCCCGGGUAGAUCUUAUGGAUGGAGAUGGGAGCAUGAUCAAGAAUUUUGACAAUCGUAUCACCCGUGUUUUGUUUUGUGGGCCCCAUUUUCCUGCCUCUCAUGAUUAUACAAGAGAGUAUUUGCAGAAUUAUUCAUCUAUCAAGGUUGAUGUUCUCCCCUUGGAAGAUGUGCCCAAGGCUAUUGGAGACUAUCACAUGUGCAUACCAAAAAUCAUGAGGCUAGAUUCAAACAUAAUUUCUCAUGCAGUUAACAUGCAGCUUAUUUUGCAGUAUGGUGUUGGUCUGGAAGGUGUUGAUAUUGAUGCUGCAACCAAGCAUGGAGUUAAAGUCGCUAGGAUUCCUAGUGAUGGUACUGGAAAUUCUAGUUCAAGUGCAGAAAUGGCCAUAUAUCUAAUGCUGGGUCUCCUUCGUCGGCAAAAUGAAAUGCGAACUUCCAUACAACAAAAGAAGCUUGGGGAUCCAAUUGGUGAAACGAUACUGGGAAAAACAGUUUUCAUAUUCGGCUUUGGAAACAUUGGAAUAGAUUUAGCAAAGCGAUUGCGGCCAUUUGGUGUAAAAAUUAUUGCUACAAAGCGGAGCUGGGUUUCAUAUGAUGAUGCUAGCGAACUUGUUGAUCUGAAGGGUAAUCAGGAAGAUAUAUUCGACUUUGCAAAGAAAGCUGACAUUGUCGUUUGCUGCUUAAGAUUAAACAGUGAAACGGCUGGUAUUAUAAACAAUAAAUUCAUAUCUUCAAUGAAGAAGGGAGCUCUUUUGGUGAAUAUUGCUAGAGGGGCUUUAAUAGAUUAUGGGUCUGUGGCCCACCACCUUGAGUCAGGUCACUUAGGUGGCUUGGGUACUGAUGUAGCUUGGACUGAGCCAUUUGACCCUGACGAUCCAAUAUUAAGACACAAGAACGUUAUUAUCACUCCUCAUGUUGCGGGCGUUACAGAAUAUUCAUAUAGAUCCAUGGCUAAGGUUGUUGGUGAUGUUGCUCUUCAACUUCACGGAGGAUUUCCUUUGACUGGAAUAGAAAUUGUGAAUUAAGCUGGUGCAUAAUAUAAAGUGCCAUCUCAUCCACUUAAAACACUGUCGUUCCAUUGCUGGUUGAGGUGAUGAAACUUUUCAUAAAUUGAAUGAUGUUGAAAAUAACUACAUCGGCGGUCUAAACCAAUUAUUAUUAUUUUUUUAGUUUUCCCUUUA